AUGGGGCCGGAUGCCGACGACCUGCCGGUGGGAGCGGUGGUGCGGCUGGUGAACUUGCAGCGAGCCGAGUUCAACCACCACCUGGGGCGGGUCGUCGCGCCGCUGGAGAGCGGUCGUGUGGGCGUGGUCCUGCAUGGGGUGAUCUCCCAGAAAGCGGCGUACGAGCCGCUGAGCUUCAAGGUAGAGAACCUGCGCCGGGUGCCAUCGCUGCCAUCCCUACUACCAGUUCUGGAUAGCAUCGGCCCGCGAGCUGUGCGCAGGCUGCUGGGCGAUGUUGGCUGGGGCUUGCCGGAGAAUGUGGCGGUUCAGGUUGCGAGCUUCCUGCAGAUCCGGCGCUUGCAGCUUGAAGAGGUUCAGGUCACUGGCUGCUCCUCCCACCGUGGGGACUUCCCCAUCUCUGCCGCACUCAACGACAGGGAGGACGAGUGGUGGAUUUCAGACUCCGGCACCUGCCCAGGCGGCCAGGGCGCGGAAUUCCUGGAGUUCCGCUUCGCGGCGCGCCGGCGAGUGUCCUUUGCCGGGCUGAAGAUUCCUCCGCUGCCCAUGGGGCCGCUGUCAGUGCGCGAGUUUCAUCUCAUGGUCCCCAGCGGCGAAGACUGGGUGUGCGCGACACCGCCCAUGCAGACGUUGAAUCGUGGCGACAUGCAGGAGUUCGCCUUACCGCCCUUGGAGUGCCAAAGCCUGCGCCUCAUGUGCACCAAAAAUGCCGCGGCGGCGGAAGCCGCGGCCCUUCCAGGCUUCGCCAACUGCAUCGGACUCUUUCAAGUGCCUGGGCUGGUCAAAGGCCUGCGCUGA